UUUGGUGCGCCAGAGAAGAGCCAGGCUGGCAGGGAGAAGGGCCGAGCAUGGCAGAAUCUGGGUCCUUGCCCACUGGCUUCGGGGAGCUGGAGGUGCUGGCUGUGGGGAUGGUGCUGCUGGUAGAAGCUCUCACCGGCCUCUGCCUCAAUAGCCUCACCAUCCUCUCUUUCUGCAAGACCCCGGAGCUGCGGACCCCCACCCACCUGCUGGUGCUGAGCCUGGCUCUGGCGGACAGUGGGAUCAGCCUGAAUGCUCUCGUGGCAGCCACAUCCAGCCUCCUCCGGGAAUGGGUCACUGGUCCCAAUGUCUCCCACAGGCGCUGGCCCUAUGGCUCCAACGGCUGCCAGGCUCAUGGCUUCCAGGGCUUCGUGACGGCGUUGGCCAGCAUCUGCAGCAGCGCAGCCAUCGCCUGGGGGCGCUAUCAUCACUACUGCUCGCGCAGCCAACUGGCCUGGAAUACGGCCAUCUCCUUGGUGAUCUGUGUGUGGCUGUCUUCUGCCUUCUGGGCAGCACUGCCCCUCCUGGGCUGGGGCCACUAUGACUAUGAGCCGCUGGGGACGUGCUGCACCCUGGACUACUCCAGGGGGGACAGAAACUUCACCAGCUUCCUCUUUACCAUGGCCUUUUUCAACUUCUUCGUGCCUCUCUUCAUCACAUUCAUAUCCUAUCGGCUCAUGGAACAGAAACUCAGGAAGAUUGGCCACCUCCAGGUGAACACCACUCUGCCGGCCAGGACACUGCUGUUCGGUUGGGGCCCCUAUGCUCUCCUGUACCUAUAUGCCACCAUCGCGGAUGUGAGCUCCGUCUCCCCCAAGCUGCAAAUGGUGCCGGCCCUUGUUGCCAAAACGGUGCCCACGAUCAAUGCUAUCAACUAUGCCCUGGGCGGCGAGAUGGUCCACAGGGGGAUUUGGCAGUGCCUCUCACCUCAGGGAAGCGGGCUGGACCGAGCCCGGUGAGGUUCUCCAUGGAGCCGCUCAGACCCAGGCCCACCCCUGACACCCCGGACCGAGCCCGGUGUGACGAGGCUGCCCUGGGAUCCUGCCCGGCAGCCUCAGAAGCUAAGCUCCACACACUUGCCCGCUGACUGCCCCGACGGCUCUGUUGGGCCUGGCCCUAGGUUGGACACGAGGGAUUCAGAGAGCAACCAGGCCUCGUGGGAGGAGCUGGGACUUCGGAGCCAGCCAGACCCGAGUUUCCGUCACAGCCCUUGAGACAGAGGCCGAGAGACCUUGGGAAAGUCACUCCCUCUGAACCAAGCUUCCUGACCUAGAACAUAAGGCCUCCAUGGGGCUGCUGUGAGGCUUAAGCAAGAUAAUGUAUACGCACCAUGCACACAGAAGCUCAUCGAAACAGCUGUCGGGGCUCAGAGUCUUACAUAGAAAGGGGUGAGAGCGCCAAGUCGCUUGUGGGAGGGCAACCCAGGCUGUCCGCGUUCAAAUGCCGCUUAUUAAAUUGAGAUCUGGUGCCAGUGACUGAGUCUGUCUGUGCAUCUGCUUCCCAACUUGUAAGAUGUGAUGACAGAAAUGGUGACUUCACCAUGCAGAAA